CAUCUCCGCGCGUAUCGAAUUCGCUUACAACCACACUGCCCAUCAUCGCUGCUUAUAGUUCGUCAAUCAUGGCACCGAUAGGGUCGGUUCGAUCUCUCCCCCUUUCAUAUCUUUCAUUGUCGACAGGCCUAGCUCCCAGUGAGACAAAUUGCCCAUUUUGGUAUUCAACUUGGUCUUCUUUUGCUACAUAACCUGCGACCUGCGACGCUGACCUUCCUAUAACCGCGCGAGGGGAUAUUUACGCUCGACAGGAGAAGAAUAGGGCUAUAAUCGUUGCCGAGGUUCCGAUACUUACCGCAGACCAAGCCCAAAGUGCAGAAACACGAACUACUAGAGAACAGGCACCAUGGGUGAAGACGCAACAACAGGCCUUGAGACCGCCUCCCUUUCGUCAUCUCGGCCAACCUACACCCGCGAACAACUCGCCACAUACGUAUCGAAAUGGAUCGCCCCAUCAAAGGACUACACGCUUGCGACGCUCGAGUCUGAGAUCAAGGAAGAUCCCCUCGCGGCACUUUCAACCCUGCAGCUUCGCCAGAUGGCCUUUAAUCCAUGGGGGAACAUCGCGCUGCAUUACUCUUGGCACCGCGCCCUGUCGCUCGACCAUGAAGCGUUAUAUCACAAGCUCGUCGAGCGAGGGUUGGGCGGCUAUUGUAUGGAAAACAACGCCUUUUUCAGCACCAUCCUAAGAUCCUUGGGCUUUCGGCUGUAUGUCACUGGCGCAAGGGUCAGCCUCGCCUUAAGCGGGGACUCGGUCGAUCCUGACGGGUUUGCCGGAUGGCAACACGAGGUCAUUAUCGUGAUAAUUGAAAAUCAGAAAUAUCUGGUCGACGUCGGCUUUGGCAGUACCUCGCCCGUCCAUCCGAUCCCACUUGAUCACGCCAAACCGAAACCUUAUAACUCUGUCCCCGGUGCAGAGGUCCGCCUUGUGCACCGCCCCAUUGCCUCAAACACAGAUCAGUCCCAAAAGCUCUGGGUCCUCGAAACGCGCAAUAAGACCCACCAAGAAUGGCAAAGCGGCUACUGCUUUGCUGACCUGGAAUGGCUUCCCAUGGACUUCGAAAUCAUUAACUACCGCACAAGCCAGGACCCAGCCAGCUGGUUUACCCACCGUCUCGUCCUGGUGCGGAUUCUUGUGGACGAGGAAACAAGGACGAAAGCCACAGGGACAGUGAUCCUCUCGGGAACGGUCUUUGAGAGGAGACUUGGAGAAGGGCUAAAGGAAGUUGUACUAGAUGCGAAGUCGGAGAAGGAACGGGUUCAAGGCCUCAAGGCUUGGUUCGGGAUUGAACUCAACCCGGACGAGCAGAGGGGCAUUGCCGGCACCGCAGCCGAGAUCAAGAAGCCGUUCAGUGUAUAGAGUUGUCAAUGACUGUGACUGGCUUUGGGUCGAGCCGCUCACUACCACAGUCUCGGGAACGCCACCCACAACAAGGUCUUUCUGUGCUGGUAGACACCGAGGUCGGUGCAUAUGUCUGCAAGGAAAGUAUGGGAGUCUUUCGCGUCCCUGGAAAAGAUAGCCUGGGUGAGGAUAAUUGUCCCGUGCGUGAGACUGGUUGGUUGAUGAGAACCACUGUCUUACUAGUGUUCGAUCCGGGUCGAUCAAGCAUUAGUCGACGGUUCCUUGUUGUUGGUGCUUGUGCGCAUGGAAGCUGGUCCUCUAGCCACCACCCGGGCGUGACAGCGACAGACUUAUGGCCGGCCAUUCUCCAUGCCACGCAGUAGCGCGCUUUUCUCGCGCUCCUUGGUGCAAUCGAACAGGUUAGUGUUGAACUAGCAACGCUUGAGCAAUGGCAUGGUCUUCUCCACC